UCAAGCCCAAUGGAUCAGAUGGGGAAGAUGAGGCCUCAGCCAUAUGGAGGAAACAACCCAUACACACAACAACAGGGACCUCAGGCGGGGCCACAGCAAGGACAUGGCUAUCCAGGACAGCCCUACGGGCCACAAACUCCCCAGAGAUAUCCCAUGGGAAUGCAAAGCAGGACGCAAAGUACAAUGGGCAGCAUCUCAUAUGCACAGCAGAUUCCUCCUUACGGACAGCAGGGCCCCAGUGCAUAUGGGCAGCAAAGCCAGACUCCAUACUACAACCAGCAAAGCCCUCAUCCCCAACAGCAGCAGCCUCCAUAUUCUCAGCAGCCUCCAUCCCAGACCCCUCACUCUCAGCCUUCGUAUCAGCAGCAGCAACAGCCUCAGUCUCAACCUCCACAACUUCAGACAUCGCAGCCUGCAUAUUCUCAGCAGCAGUCCCAGCCGCCCCAUCAGCAAUCCCCCACUCCAUAUCCUCAACAACAGACCACAGCCCAGCAGCAUCAACAGAGUCAGCCUCCCUACUCACAGCAGCAGUCACAGUCACCCUACCAGCAGCAGCAACAAACUCAGCAGACAGCUUCCUCAGCUCUUUCUCAGCAGUCAUCUUCAUACCCUCAGUCACAGCCGCCGCAGCAACAGUCUGCCUACUCCCAGCAACGCUUCCCCCCUCCUCAGGAGUUAUCUCAAGACUCAUUUGGGUCCCAGGCAUCAUCUGCUCCCUCAAUGGCUUCCAGUAAAGGGCAAGAAGAUAUGAACUUGAAUCUUCAGUCCAGACCUUCUAGCCUGCCGGACCUGUCUGGUUCAAUAGAUGAUCUACCCAUGGGUACAGAAGGAGCCCUGAGUCCUGGAGUAAGCACAUCAGGGAUUUCCAGCAGCCAAGGAGAGCAGAGUAACCCAGCUCAGUCUCCUUUCUCUCCACAUACCUCUCCUCACCUGCCAGGCAUCAGAGGACCCUCCCCAUCCCCAGUUGGAUCUCCAGCUAGUGUUGCUCAGUCCCGCUCUGGUCCACUUUCACCUGCUGCAGUACCAGGCAAUCAGAUGCCACCCCGACCGCCGAGCGGCCAGUCGGACAGUAUCAUGCAUCCUUCCAUGAACCAGUCAAGCAUAGCGCAAGAUCGAGGUUACAUGCAGAGGAAUCCUCAGAUGCCCCAGUACAGCUCGCCCCAGCCCGGCUCAGCCUUAUCUCCCCGUCAGUCUUCUGGAGGACAGAUGCACGCUGGCAUGGGGCCGUACCAGCAGAACUCCAUGGGAAGCUACGGACCCCAGGGCGGGCAGUACGGACCUCAAGGAGGUUAUCCCAGGCAGCCAAACUACAAUGCUAUGUCAAAUGCCAACUAUCCCAGUCCAGGAAUGGGAGGAAGCAUGAACCCCAUGGGAGCAGGGAGCCAGAUGCACGGGCAGACUGGUGUGCCACCAUACAGUGGGCUUCCUCCAGGGAGGAUGAGCCAUGCCACCAUGGGGAACAGACCUUAUGGACCUAACAUGGCGAAUAUGCCACCUCAGGUGGGGACAGGGAUGUGCCCCCCACCAGCUGGCAUGAAUCGCAAAGCACAAGAAGCGGCUGCUGCCGCCAUGCAUGCUGCUGCCAACUCCAUCCAGAACAGGCCUCCUGGUUACCCCAACAUGAACCAAGGAGGAAUGAUGGGCACUGGACCUCCUUAUGGACAGGGAAUUAACAGUAUGGCUGGCAUGAUAAACCCCCAGGGCCCACCCUAUCCCAUGGGUGGAAACAUGACUAACAACUCUGCAGGGAUGGCAGCAAGCCCCGAAAUGAUGGGUCUUGGGGAUGUCAAAUUAACACCUGCAACUAAAAUGAACAACAAGGCAGAUGGGACGCCAAAAGCAGAAUCCAAGUCAAAGAAGUCCAGUUCCUCUACUACAACCAAUGAGAAGAUCACCAAACUGUAUGAGCUGGGUGGUGAGCCUGAGAGGAAGAUCUGGGUAGAUCGUUACCUGGCCUUUACUGAAGAGAAGGCCAUGGGCAUGACAAAUCUCCCAGCAGUAGGCAGGAAACCCUUGGACCUUUACCGGCUCUACAUCUCAGUGAAGGAGAUUGGAGGAUUGACUCAGGUCAACAAAAACAAGAAAUGGCGCGAGUUAGCCACAAAUCUCAAUGUGGGCACGUCCAGCAGUGCAGCUAGCUCUUUGAAGAAGCAGUACAUCCAGUGUCUCUAUGCCUUUGAGUGCAAGAUUGAGCGAGGUGAAGACCCCCCUCCAGAUAUCUUUGCUGCUGCUGAUUCAAAGAAGUCUCAGACUAAGAUACAGCCUCCGUCUCCAGCGGGUUCAGGCUCAAUGCAGGGUCCUCAGACACCUCAGUCCACCAGCAGCUCCAUGGCAGAAGGAGGAGACCUGAAGCCACCAACUCCAGCAUCUACGCCACACAGUCAGAUGCCCCCUUUGCCUGGCAUCAGGAGUAACUCAGUGGGCCUUCAGGAUGCCUUUGCAGAUGGUAGUGAUCCUACGUUCCAGAAGCGGAACUCCAUGACUCCAAAUCCAGGGUACCAGCCCAGCAUGAAUACCUCUGACAUGAUGGGUCGCAUGUCUUACGAGCCAAAUAAAGAUCCUUACAGCAGUAUGAGGAAAGCUCCAGGAAGCGAUCCCUUCAUGUCCUCAGGGCAGGGCCCCAACAGUGGUAUGGGUGACCCUUACAAUCGUGCUGCAGGUCCAGGGAUGGGUAAUAUGGCCAUGGGACAGCGGCAACACUAUUCCUAUGGAGGUCCUUACGACAGAGUGAGGACGGAGCCCGGCAUGGGACCUGAGGGCAACUUAGCAACCGGAACUCCGCAGCCAAACAUCAUGCCUUCCACCCCUGAAUCGGGGAUGUACUCUCCCAGCCGCUACCCACAGCAGCAGCAGCAAAGACAUGAUUCCUAUGGCAAUCAAUUCUCCACUCAAGGCACAUCCUCGGGCAGCCCCUUCCCUAGCCAGCAAACUACCAUGUAUCAACAGCAACAGCAGAAUUACAAGCGACCGAUGGAUGGCAGCUACGGCCCGCCUGCUAAACGACACGAAGGGGAGAUGUACAACGUACCGUACAGCGCCGGGCAGGGGCAGACACAGCAGCAGCUGCCUCCAGCACAGACCCAGCAACCGAGCCAGCAGCAAACUGCACAGCCAUCUCCACAGCAGGACCUGUAUAACCAGUAUGGGAGUACAUACCCUGCUGCUGAUCGCCGAUCUGCCGGAGGGCCACAGAACCAGUUCCCAUUCCAAUUUGGCAGAGACAGGGUCUCGGCUCCCCCAGGCUCCAAUACUCAACAAAACAUGCCUCCUCAGAUGAUGGGUGGUCCCAUACAGUCUACUGCAGAGGGUCCUCAGCAAGGCGCCAUGUGGCAGGGGCGUAACGAAAUGGGGUACAGCUAUCCGAACCGGCAGAGCAGCGGCUCUGCGCCCCAGGGGCCUGCUUAUCACGGAGUGACUCGAACAGAUGAAAUUCUGCAUUCAGACCAGAGGGUCAACCAUGAGGGACCAUGGCCUUCCCACGGGAACCGGCAACCUCCUUAUGGUCCCUCUGCCCCCGUGCCCCCAAUGACUAGGCCUCCCCAGUCUAACUACCAGACCCCCCCUAGCAUGCAGAAUCACAUUCCUCAGGUAUCCAGCCCAGCACCUCUGCCCAGACCUCUGGAGAAUCGUACUUCUCCUAGUAAAUCUCCAUUCCUGCACUCGGGGAUGAAAAUGCAGAAGGCAGGACCGCCAGUCCCUGCCUCGCAUAUAACACCAGCAGCUGUACAGCCUCCCAUGAUCCGACGAGACAUCACCUUCCCUCCGGGAUCAGUAGAAGCUACGCAACCUGUGUUGAAGCAGAGGAGACGGCUGACAGCAAAAGAUAUUGGAACUCCUGAAGCCUGGAGAGUGAUGAUGUCUCUGAAGUCCGGGCUGCUAGCUGAAAGUACGUGGGCCUUAGAUACCAUAAACAUCCUGCUCUAUGAUGACAACAGCAUAAUGACCUUCAACCUCAGCCAGCUGCCAGGUUUGCUGGAGCUCUUGGUGGAGUAUUUCCGGCGCUGCCUGAUCGAGAUCUUUGGAAUCCUGAAGGAAUACGAGGUGGGAGACCCAGGGCAAAGAACACUAUUAGAUCCUGAAAGGUUCUGCAAAUCUUCAGCUUCCUCUCAUGAAGAAGGGGAGGAGGAUGAUGAACCACGGAGCCUAAACUGUGAGGAGGAAGAAGAGGAUGAGGAAGAGGAGGAGGCUGCGUUUUCAAGCAAGGACAAAGCACCUCUAGAGAGCAGCGAGGAAAAACUAGUUAGUAAAUUUGACAAACUUCCAGUCAAGGUCGUGCAGAAGAAUGACCCGUUUGUGGUAGAUUAUUCAGACAAGUUGGGGCGAGUGCAGGAGUUUGAGAGCGGGCUGCUGCACUGGCGGAUCGGUGGCGGAGAUACCACCGAGCACAUUCAGACCCACUUUGAGAGCAAGACGGAGCUACCUUUGACUCAUAAACGAGCUUCCUGCAACUCUGUCUUGAGGAAACGUUCAGCAGCUGAGAGCAAUCCAAGCACUAGGGAAGGAGAGACUCUUCCAUCCGACAGCUCCUCGGAGAAGAGGAUAACUGCCACCAUGGAUGACAUGCUUUCGGCACGUCCGGGCUCCCUGGCAGGGGAGGAGGAAGAGGUCAAAGCUUUGGAAACGGCGAAGGAAAGCAGCAAGUUUCCCUUUGGCAUUAGUCCAGCUCAGAGCCACAGAAAUAUAAAAAUUCUGGAGGAUGAACCUCACAGUAAAGACGAGACGCCCCUCUGCACCCUCCUAGACUGGCAGGACUCUCUGGCGAAGCGAUGCAUCUGUGUCUCUAACAUCAUCAGGAGUUUAUCAUUUGUGCCGGGCAAUGACUUUGAAAUGUCUAAACAUCCCGGGCUGCUGCUGAUUCUAGGGAAACUGAUCCUCUUACACCACAAGCAUCCAGAACGCAAACAGGCACCCCUGACCUAUGAGAAAGAGGAGGAGCAGGACCAAGGGGUGAGCUGCAACAAGGUGGAGUGGUGGUGGGACUGCUUGGAGAUGCUGCGUGAAAAUACACUGGUCACGUUGGCCAACAUUUCUGGCCAGCUGGACCUCUCCCCUUACCCGGAAAGCAUCUGUUUGCCUAUCCUGGAUGGACUCCUCCACUGGGCAGUAUGUCCAUCAGCAGAGGCCCAGGAUCCCUUUCCGACACUGGGACCCAAUGCAGUCCUCUCCCCUCAGAGACUGGUUUUGGAAACACUCAGCAAACUCAGCAUCCAGGACAACAAUGUGGAUUUGAUUCUUGCAACUCCCCCUUUCAGUCGCUUGGAGAAGCUGUACAGCACCAUGGUGCGGUUCCUUAGUGACAGAAAGAACCCGGUGUGUCGAGAGAUGGCUGUGGUACUGCUGGCCAACUUGGCACAGGGGGACAGCCUGGCAGCAAGAGCGAUUGCUGUGCAGAAGGGCAGCAUUGGCAACUUGCUGGGCUUCUUGGAGGACAGCCUGGCCGCCACGCAGUUCCAGCAGAGCCAGGCUGGCUUGAUGCACAUGCAGAACCCACCCUUUGAGUCGACGAGCGUGGACAUGAUGCGCCGAGCUGCUCGGGCGCUGCUCGCCCUGGCCAAGGUGGACGAGAACCACUCAGAGUUCACGUUAUACGAGUCGCGGCUGUUGGACAUCUCCGUGUCGCCUUUGAUGAACUCUUUGGUUUCACAAGUUAUUUGUGAUGUACUGUUUUUAAUUGGCCAGUCAUGA